AUGCCGGUGACCGGUGUGUACGGAGGGCCAGCACCCACGGACCAGUGGACCAGCCACGCCCCGCAGAUCACCGAAGCAGCCUGCGCGGGGAUCCAGGGACUGCCAUUUGGGAGCUGCCUGCUCAUCAGUGACGGCCCCUUCAACAACAGCACAGGGACACCUUUCUUCUACGUGACCGCCAAGGACCCCGUGGUGGCCGACCUGAUGAAGAACCCUGUGGCCUCGCUGAUGCUGCCGGCGUCGGAAGGGGAGUUCUGCAGAAAAAACAUUGUUGAUCCAGAAGAUCCUCGCUGUGCCCGGUUAACGCUCACUGGCCAAAUGAUUAUGGUGACUCCAGAAGAAGUUGAGUUUGCCAAGCAAGCCAUGUUUUCAAGGCACCCUGGGAUGAGGAAGUGGCCACGGCAGUAUGAGUGGUUCUUUAUGAAGAUGAAGAUAGAGCAUGUCUGGCUUCAGAAAUGGUAUGGAGGUGUAUCUGACAUUUCAAGAGAGGAAUAUUUCAAAGCAGUUCCCAGGAAGGCCUGAGGGAAUAAGAAGAAAGUCCUCAGUAUUUGCAGUAAAAUGAAAAUCUUUUAAUGACGCCGUAGGGCAGCUCCUGGUUGCUGUCUCUUGGUUUAAGGGUUCCUAGCUGACCGGUAAGGGUACAGCAGAAUGAGCAAGGUUGAACAGGAACCUUGUGCUAGACUCUGAUCCAAGGAGUCAUCUGCAGACCCCCCUAUCCCGCAGAAACUCCACACAGACAAUCUGCUUAUGUAGUUGUUCAAUCCAGACUCACCUAGUUAGAAGUCACUGUUGGUUGUCAAAAUGGCGCAUCAAGACUGUUGUUUUUCCUUUCUUUAAGAAAAAAAAUUAUGACUAUCGUACAAUGUGAUUGCUUUGUAUUGUGAGAACAUUUUGUUGCUUGCUGUGCCAAAAGCAGUAUCUCGGAUCAAAACUCACUGCAAUCACAGAGGAGCCGAAUGCACAUCACACAGCCAACAGUACUGUGUUUCAGGCGAAGCUGGAGGACUAUGGUGGAUGACUUGCCAUAUUUCUGCAUGGCAAAUGCAUUACUGAAUCAUGUUUGCUAGAAUGCAUUAAUCACUUACAAAGUUCUUUCCUCGCUGUAACAUGAUAAAUGGCAUAAGAACCUGCAGUUUCGUCCCCAGCCCUGUUCUCUGUAAGCAGGCCAUGGGAGAACACUAAAGAGAAUGGAGUAGAUUUUUCACCAAGCUUCUGAGAUCCCAGCUACUCACAUUUCUGAGGGCUCCUCUCUUACAUUCAUGAGGAGUAGCAUCUAAAAUGAGAAUACCUCCUUGCAUGGUGUUCAGAGAUGCAAGAAGGUGAAACUAGGGAAGCAAAGGCAAUGUGUAAGAGAAGUGGAAAGCAGUCGGUGUGAAGGGCCUGAUCCCUGCCCAACCCUGGGCUAGACCCUAAUAGACACCAUCUCAUUUAGCCAUGCAACCAGCUGUCACCACUUACAAGGAGAAUGAGGCUCCUUGUAAGUCAGCAUUCCAUGGUCAGUCCCAUGGUCACACUCUGCACACAAUGGGUGCAGUUUUAAGAACAGAAGAGUUGCUAAAAUGCAUAGAGUCACUGAACCAGAAAAAAUAGUAGAGUGAUUAUAGAAGAGAAUGACUAACCUGCCUGGACAUGAGUUAUCACUGCUUUGCCGGGGGAGGAGGUCUCUGAAAUUUUAUUCUUACUACAGAUUUUUAAUUUUCUGAAAAUUAUAUUCUGGAGCUCCUGGUGUUUGCAAGAAACUAGACUGCACCUGUGUGCACACUCAAGGCCUGCAUGUAUCUCCAUGUGCAUAUCCAGGACUUCUUAUAAUAGAAAUCUACAAAGGAUCUACUAGUAUCCAACUUUUCUGUCUUCACAGUAUUAAAUUCUCUUUGUUGGGUUAUUUAUGUGAACUAAUAUAACAGCACAUCACUAAUAUAAGAAACAAACAUUCUUAGAAUAAGUGCAAGUGAUAUUAAUGAUUAUAUUUUAAUUUUGCUUAACAAAAUAAGACAUGAAGAGAGUUUUGAGUUGUCAAAAUAUACUUUAAGCUGGGGAUUUAUCUCAGUGGUUCCACCACCUGCCUUGCAAGCGCAAGGUCCCAAGUUUGAGCCCCAGUAUGAAAAAAAAAUUAAAUCAAAAUAUAUUUUAAGUGCCUAUUACUAAAAACAUAGUAAGAUGCACAGUAUUCUUUUGUCAUAAGCCAAUUCUCAAGAGUUCCUAACAAUGGCAUUCUCUAAUGCAUAAGAAUAAGGUAACUCUUUGAGGGUAUUUUGUGUUUUCAGACUUUAAAAUUAUUGCUAACCCCAAUUUAGAAGAUCAGGAGAAAUUGGAAGAAUAAGUCACAAGCUCAAAAGUGCUCUAUAAGUCAACCUUAAACUUUAAUUCUUGGAGAACUUCUGCCUCCUGGUCCUGUCUUACAGAUAAUACUUCUACACUGGAUUUGCUUUUAUAGUCAGUAGUUUCCCUUUCACUCAGUAAGGGUCUGUGAUGAUUCAAAGGGCUUCAAAGAUUGGCUUCCACUUAUAAUCACUGAUGAAUUUUGUCAGCUACUUAUUGAAGUUACAGGAAAUGAAAUCAGAACAGGUUGAACUGUAAGAAAAGUAUUUAAAAUUCAUUUGGGUGAAUGAAUAAGAUUUGGAUCUGAUGAGUUCCAUUCAGGCAAGAGUAUGUCUAGAAAUUUACAUUGAUUAGGGCUGGGGAUAUAGCUCAGUGGCACUGCGCCUGCCUCACAAACACAAGGUCCUGAGUUCAAU